AUGGGGCCGACGGGGGACUCUGAGGAAGAACCUCUAAUCGAGACCUACCUGGAGCCUCUUACAUGGAUGAGUCCUCCAGAGGAAAAGGGUUCCCGUUCAGAGGUGGGCGAAUGCGUCACGGGUGCAGACGGUCACCGGCAGCCUGACCGUUCCUGUGAGGAGCCGCGGGACCUUUCUGAGGCCGAGAGCGAUGCGAGACGAGCGGCCAAAAGGAAACUCCUGGUUGCCUGUGCCGUCAGCCUGGUCUUCAUGGCAGGAGAGGUGAUUGGUGAGCUGGAACUCACCGGGGGCUUUGCUGCUGGGAGUCUGGCCAUCAUGACGGACGCCGCUCACCUCCUGACCGACGUCGGCAGCAUCUUGAUCAGCGUCGUCUCCCUGUCCAUCUCCUCCAGGCCUCGGUCCCAAACCAUGACGUUCGGAUGGCAUCGGGCAGGACUGAGUCUUACCGCCAUGGGUACUGACCUGUGUCGGUGUCCCGUGUUGCAAAACCUGUUCUACACAGAGAUCCUGGGCAUGCUGCUCUCCAUUGUGUCCAUCUGGGCCGUGACGGCCGUGCUGGUGUGGUCAGCCGCGCAGAGGAUGGCGGGCGGGGACUACGACAUCGACAGCCGCAUCAUGCUGGUCACCUCUGCCUGUGCGGUGGGCGUCAACAUCCUGUGGGUGCGCUUCCUGCCUCGGGAUUCCGCUCCGUUCCUAAGGAUGGCCCUGAUCCUGCACCAGUCCGGAGCCUCGCACGCCCACAGCCACGGAGGCUCCGGCCGCCGCCCGCAGAGGGAGACGCGGCCUCACGGCCACGGCAACGCCAGCGUGAGGGCGGCCUUCAUCCACGUGCUGGGGGACCUGCUGCAGAGUGUGGGAGUCCUCCUCGCUGCCAUCAUCAUCCACUUCUGGCCUGAAUUCAAAGUGGCAGACCCCAUCUGCACGUUCCUGUUCUCGGUGCUCGUAAUCGGGACAACGGUUCCUGUCACAAAGGACGUUUUCAGGAUACUCAUGGAAGGUAAAGUCACUAAACUCCCCCCCCCCCCGCUGGGCGCCCCAGCGACCGUUUCCACACCGCAGCCCGUGUUUGGUGCAGGUGCUCCCCGUGGCGUUGGCUACGGCACCGUCCGCGAGCUGCUGCUGUCCGUGGGAGACGUGGCAGCUGUCGACAGCCUGCACGUGUGGAGCCUCAGCAUGCAUCACUCCCUGCUGUCGGCCCACAUCUCCACAGGCGAAGAGGCCGAUCCGCAGGCGAUCCUCAGAGAGGCCACUGAGCGGCUGCGCUCAGAGUUUGGCUUCUCCAGCAUCACCAUUCAAGUGGAGCGAGGAGCGGCCUCCGCCGCGAGAUGA